AUAGCGCUCAUUAUCUGAUUGCUGAAUGAAUCAAUGCACUUCGGCGUAAGUCAGCGUUCAUACUUCUCGAUUCCGUCAAAAUUCUUAUCGUGGCUUCGGUUCAAAGCCUGCCCCUCCUCCUACCCUCUGUGGCAAGCCGUUUGAUAUUGUUAGGCUCUUCGCUCCGGAGACCUGGAUGCGGUUUUCUCCCCCUUUCCGCGCUAGGCAAGCCGAAUGGGAGAAAGUGGAGUGUCUGCGGAGAGGAAAGCGUGUUUCCCACGCACGCAGGUGCGUGGAGGCCACAAUUUAAGCAGUCCGAAGGCGUCAGAGGUGGGCAGGCUUCCAACCCACUGGGUUACCCCCAGCGCUGUAGUGAGGUACCGCGCACGCUUUCAAGUCGGAGUCUGGCCAAAUCCACAGUCUCACACCGGUUCCCCGGUGACAUCACGAUCUUUCCGGACUCCUGAAUGGGGGAAUCGCACUAGCUCAAAUCUCGCGAUGACUCCUCCUACAGGUCCUCUAGCUUCGCUCCCUUCGCCGCGACCCGGUAGUCGAUAGAAGACCACGUUGAGAACCACCGAGACAUCGUAGAACUAUACUAGCUUCCGGGACUCAUCUAGACGGCAGCGAGUCUUCUCAAACGCCCACGGGCACGAGUGACUACAAUUUAAAAUGGUUGCAAAGAAGAAGAAAGAAAUACAAGUUACUGCAUUGACCAUUUGUCACCAGGACCUUGAAACUUUGAGAUCUUUGGCUGAUGUGGAAGGGAAAAACCUAGCUUCUUUGCUGUUACGCUGCGUGCAACUCACCGAUGGGGUGUCGCAGAUCCACUGUGUUAAACAGAUUGUGCCUUUACUGGAGGAGGCAGACAAAAAUGGCACGUGCGAUCCCACUAUUAGAAGUUGCUUGGAUAUUUUAGCAGGCAUUUACCUUUCUUUGAGUCUAAAGAAUCCCUUGAAGAAAGUCUUGGCAAGCUCACUAAAUUGCCUACAUGAAUUUUUUCUAACUGAGGCCAUACAAAGUUUUACUUCUCGUCUUCAGGAAGAAUUGAAUACUACUGAUGUAUACUCUUAUAGGAAAGUAAUUGACAAUAUAUCUUCAUGUAUGGAGAACUUUAACUUGGGUAUAACAAGUGUUAAUAAUCUUCUUGAAAAUGUGCUUCAUUUUCUACAGAAGAGUUUAAUUGAAAUCUCGGAAGAAAAUAGAAAGUUUGCUGGAAAUCAUCUUGUUCAGACGCAGCUGAUGAAUGACUUGAUGGUAGGCAUUCGUGUCUCGGUCACAUUAGUGCAGAAGACGCAAGGCCUCCAGGGAACUCACUUGGCGAUCUCCAGUUCUCCCACGUGGCGGAGUAUGUGUGGAUUGCUGAGUAUUUUUACCAGGUUUUUGAAUGACGAUGACCUCUUACGGACGAUUCAGAGUACGUCUGGAUUAGCUGUUAUUCUUUUCAUUAAGGCCAUGUUUCAUCCACCUGAAAAGAUUCCUGAUUUGAUUAGUAGCUUGCUUCUCCGUUCAGUGGACUGCGAGAGCAUCCCCGAGUGGUUUUUGAACUCCUGCAGGAGGCUUUGCUGCGCUGAUGUGUCCGAGUCAGCUCUCCUGUUCCUGUGCCAGGGGACACUCACCAUGCUGGACUGGCAGAACGGGAGGAUGGGCCCGAGCGGGGAGGCCCUGCUCUUGGACACUGUGCGUGUUUUGUUCACCUUGAGUUCGCAGAUCAAGGAAUCAGCUCUGGAAAUGUUUCUCUCUAGAAUUUUGGCAUCUUGGACUAACUCGGCCAUAUCUGUUCUUGAAUCAAGUUCCCCAAGCCUAAAGGACAGUCUGAAUGGGAAUUCAAGCAUAAUUAAGAGACUUUUGGAGUAUGUCUAUACCCACUGGGAACAUCCGUUGGAUGCUUUGAGACACCAAACCAAAAUCAUAUUCAGAAAUAUUCUCCAGAUGCACCAGCUCACUCUCAAAGAGGCGGAGCUGGACAAGUCAGAUUUGGCUGCUGAUCAUUUCAUUUUUGAACUGACUCAGAGUCUUCUGCGAUUGGAAUGGCAUAUUAAGGGAAAGUACAUAUGCCUUGGUUGUUUAGUAGAUUGCAUAGGAGUUGAACGUAUUUUGGCAUUAGCUAAAACUAUUCCAUCGCAAAUCUUAGAGGUGAUGGGGGACCAGUCACUGGUACCUUAUGCAAGUGACCUCUUAGAAACCAUGUUUAAAAAUCAUAAGAGUCAUUUGAAAUCUCAGGCUGUCGACAGUACUUGGAUUGAUAAGUGGCAUGAGACUUGGGUUUCUCCUCUCCUUUACAUACUGUGUGAAGGAAAUCUGGAUCAAAAAUCUUAUGUGAUUGAUUAUUACUUGCCAAAAUUAUUGAAUUGCAAUCCUGAAAGCUUAAGCUACAUGGUAAAGAUUCUUCAGACUUCUGCUGAUGCUAAAACUGGGUCCCAUCAUAGUAGAGGGGCUCUGGGAGCUUUGAUGGCAUGUCUGCGAACAGCGAGAGCUCAUGGACACCUUCAGUCUGCAGCUGAUGCUUGGGGAAAUCUUGUGUCCCGUGCAAAAAUAAAGCAAGGCUUAAUUCAUCAGCACUGCCAGGUACGGAUAGAUACAUUAGGCUUGCUUUGUGAAAGUAAUCGAAGCACAGAAAUCGUUUCCACCGAAGAAAUGCAGUGGAUUCAGUUCUUUAUCACAUACAAUCUUAAUAGUCAGUCUCCAGGAGUGCGGCAGCAGAUUUGUUCUCUUCUUAAAAAGUUGUUUUGUAGGAUACAGGAGAGUUCUCAGGUACUUUAUAAACUGGAACAAAACAAAUCCAAACACGAACCAGAGAAUGAGUUAACCAGACAACACCCUUCUGUUUCUUUAUGGCAAUAUAAGAGUUUCAUGUCAUCCAUUUGCAACAGUCUUUUUGAAGCAUUGUUUCCUGGCUCUUCCUACCCAACUAGAUUUUCAGCUCUAACCAUUUUAGGCUCAAUAGCUGAAGUUUUCCCUGUCCCCGAAGGUCAAGCCCAAACAGUGUAUCAGCUGAGUCAUGAUAUUGAUGUCGACCAUUUCCAAACACUAAUAGGUUGUUUAACCAGCACUUUUGAAACAGUGAAAGUUUUAGCAUUUGAUCUUCUAAUGAAGUUACCAAAAACAGUUGUACGGUUGCAGGAUUCGGAGAAACUGCAAGGCUUAUUCCAGGCAGCACUGGCGCUCAGCACCAGCACCAAACCCUAUGACUGUGUAACAGCUUCCUACCUGCUGAACUUCUUGAUCUGUCAGAACGCUCUGCCGUCAUCUCUGUCCACCUACUUAACUCAGCAGGUUUUGUGUGGAGAUGGAGAUAAGUCUGCUGCUGUGGUGGAAAGUAACACAUUAAUGGUUAUCAAAUGCUUGUUAGAAAACCUUGAGGAAGAAAUAACUCAGGCUGAAAAUUCUCUGCUUCAGGCAGCAGCAUCAUUUCCAAUGUAUGGACGAGUUCACUGUAUAACAAAGGCUUUGCAGCAGUUACCUCUAAACAGCCUGCGGUUGGUGAGGGAGUGGAGGCCCGUGGUGGAGAAGCUCCUUCUGAUGUCCUACAGGCUCUCUGCCGUGGUGUCUCCAGUCAUUCAGAGCUCCUCCCCGGAGGGCCUCAUCCCCAUGGACACUGACUCAGAGUCAGCAAGCCGCUUACAGAUGAUUCUGAGUGAGAUUCAGCCACGAGAUACUAAUGAUUACUUCAAUCAAGCCAAAAUAUUGAAGGAACGUGAUAGCUUUGAUUUGGAGGACUUGAAUGCCAGUAUUCCAAAUGUUGAUACUUCUGCAGAAAUCAAAGGUAAAGAAGGAAAAACAUGUGAUGUAACCGCUCAGAUGGUGCUCGUAUGUUGUUGGAGAAGUAUGAAGGAGGUUUCUCUGCUCCUCGGCGCCCUGUGCCAACUCCUACCCGUGCAGCCUGUGCCAGAGCCUCCUGGUGCGUUACUGACGGAGGAGCAGGUAAAAGAAAUAGGAGAUCACUUUAAACAACACCUUUUACAAUCGAGGCACAGAGGAGCGUUUGAACUGGCUUAUACUGGCUUUGUGAAACUCACCGAAGUCCUCAACAGAUGCCCUAAUGUGAGUCUACAAAAGCUUCCAGAACAGUGGUUAUGGAAUGUUUUAGAGGAAAUUAAAUGCAGUGAUCCUUCAUCUAAACUCUGUGCUACGAGGCGCAGUGCUGGAAUUCCUUUCUACAUACAGGCACUGUUGGCAACUGAACCCAAGAAAGGCAGAAUGGAUUUGUUGAAAAUAACAAUGAAAGAGUUAAUCUCUUUGGCUGUGCCUACUGAUGACUCACUGAGUACAGUCCCCCAGGUUCAUGCUUUAAAUAUCCUCAGAGCCUUAUUUAGAGACACGCGUCUGGGAGAAAAUAUUCUUCCUUACGUUGCUGAUGGAGCUAAGGCUGCAAUUCUGGGCUUUACAUCACCAGUCUGGGCAGUGAGAAAUUCAUCCACGCUUCUCUUCAGUACCUUGAUCACCAGAAUAUUUGGAGUUAAAAGGGGAAAGGAUGAACUGUUAAAAAAAAAUACAAUGACAGGGAGCGAAUUUUUCUCUCGUUUCCCAGAACUCUAUCCUUUUCUUCUCAAACAGUUAGAAGCUGUAGCCAAUACUGUGGACAGCGAUAUAGGAGAACUGAACCGUCACCCAAGCAUGUUCCUCUUACUUUUGGUGUUGGGGAGACUGUACCCUUCCCCUAUGGAUGGCACCUAUUCCGCCCUCAGCAUGGCGCCUUUCAUUCCCUUCAUUAUGAGAUGUGGUAACUCACCUGUCUACCGCUCCCGUGAAAUGGCGGCCCGUGCCUUGGUCCCAUUUGUGAUGAUGGACGAAAUCCCUGAUACCAUCCGAACUCUGCUGGCCAAACUCCCCAACUGCACUGACCAGCAUUUCCGGCAAAACCAUAUUCAUGGGACACUUCUCCAGGUUUUUCAUUUGUUAAAAGCCUUCUCAGACUCCAGAUACAGAAUGAAUGCAUACUCUCAGCAGGAGCUGGCUGACAUUGCUGUUUGUACCAAAGCCAAACUCUGGCUGGCCAAGAGGCAAAACCCAUGUUUGGUGACCAGAGCCGUGUAUAUUGAUAUUCUCUUCCUGUUGACUCGCUGCCUCGACAAACCCACAAAAGGCAACCAGCCAGUUCCGGAGCAUCUUGGCUUGUGGGAGGAAGUCGGAAAGAUCGUCUCAGGAUCCGAGCUAAUACGGGGAUUCCCCUACACCUUCACAGUGCCUGGCCUGCCCCAGUACCUCCAGAGCCUCACCAAGCUGGCCAUCGCUGCAGUGUGGGCAGUGGCAGUCCAGGCUGGAGAGCAGACAGUGGACGUUCCCAUCUCCUUCUCUCAGCUGCUGGCGUCUUCCUUCCCGGAAGUGCGCCUGCUGACACUGGAAGCUCUGCUGGAAAGGUUUUCAGCAGCAGCCUCUGGAUUGGGGAAGAAGGAACUGCCACCUUUGCUGUGGAAUAUGGGAGGGACGUUCUUAAUGUUGGCUAUGAAGGAAACUCACCCAGAAUGCUCCUGCAAGAUACUGAAAAUUCUCCACUGCAUGGACCCCAGUGAGUGGCUUCCCCAGACAGAAUGCUGUGUCCAUCUGACCCCAGAGGAGUUCUUGGACUGGACAAUGGAUGUUGCUUCCAAUGAAAGGUCUGAAAUUCAAAGUGUAGCCCUGAGACUCGCCUCCAAAGUGAUUGUCCACCACGUGCAGACAAGUGACGAGACCAGAGACUCCGUCGCCCCCAAACUGAAGCAGUGGGUUCAGUUGGUCGUCGCAUCUUGUGGAGACCAUCUUCCCACGGAGUCCAGGCUGGCGGCUGCUGAAGUCCUCACCAGCGCCACACCCUUGUUCCUCACCAACCCCCGCCCCCUUCUCGGACUGCAGGAUACACUUGCCCUCUGGAGGUGUGUGCUCACCCUCCUGCAGAGUGAAGAGCAAGCUGUCAGAGACGCGGCCACAGAAACGGUGACGACUGCCAUGUCACAAGAAAACACCUGCCCAUCGACAGAAUUUGCCUUCUGCCAGGUGGAUGCCUCCAUCGCCCUGGAUCUGGCCCUGGUUGUGCUGUGUGACCUGCUCCAGCAGUGGAACCAGCUGGCCCAUGGGCUCCCAGUCCUGCUGGGGUGGCUGUUGGAAGAGGGCAAUGACCUCCCGGUCUGUGUGGAGAGCGAGCAUCAGGUGGAAGAAGACUACCUGUUUGAAAAAGCAGAAGUCAACUUUUGGGCCGAGACCCUGAUCUUUGUAAAAUACCUCUACAAGCACCUCUAUCGCCUCCUCUGCAAGUCCAGCUCAAGUCCCCUCAGCCCUGACCAGCUCCACCAUCUUCAAAGGACAGCGUCAGAGCAGCGCCACCUCCUUUCCCAGCUCUUGGAAGGGCUGCCGCCAGCCGCUGAGUUUUUGAAGACAGUGGAGUUCACGAGACUGCGCAUUCAGGAGGAAAGGACUUCGGCUUGCCUGAGGCUGCUGGCCAUUCUGGAAGGAAAAGAAGGGGAGGACACCCUAGUUCUCAGUGCUUCGGACUCUCCAGCAGAAGCAAGUCGGUUAACUCUUCCAGGAACAGAAAUGGCUUGUUGAAUAAAGAAGACUUUGGGGGUGGGGGUGGGGGUGCGGGUGGAUUAGUCUCUAUUAAACCUGCAGGAAAUGUGUUGAACAUAAAUUCAGAUAUUUUUUUCCCUUCAUACCUCCCUGACUUCUGUGAGGCUAGUUUUCUUACAGAGGGGUUUUUCUUCAGUUCACUCAGUCCAGGUAGCCUGGUUUAUUGAAGCUACUGUAGGAAGUGAGGCGACCACACUGAAUAUUCACUCUGUUUCCAGGUGCGGGCCACCUGUGGGUCUGAAUUAGCCUUUCUCGUCCCUCCCUCAGGACCUCUGCCGCCCAGCCACCGCCAGCCUGCAUUUUCUAUGAAUCGACUGCACAGAAUUGGAUUUUGACACAUGAUUUCCACCCCCCCAACUUUGGUUUUUUUUUUGGCUCGAUGUAGGAGCUGGAUUUGUUGGCGAACAGCCCAUUUGGUCAGAAUUCCAAAUUUUAUUCCAUUUUAGCUAAAGCAGAAAUAUGUUCCAAAUGUGGGAUCCUGAGAGUGUUAAGGAUAAACUUCGUACAAAUAGUUUCGUUUUUAUUGCCCGCAUGUGAGUCCUGAGUGACCUACACAUGCCAUCCUAAUUAUUAAAAGAGCCAUUGAGAGCUCCUGCCCCCAAGAAAAUGUUUGCACUAAUGCCAGGAGACCCGAUUUUGCCACCCAGUGAAAGCAUAGAGCCUUGGCUGUUAGAAGGAGCCUGGGGAAAGGAGAGCCAGAAUGAAUGAUGUAUUUUUUGAUGCCUACACUGUUUACUAUCAUUUUCUUAGUGGCAAUAACAAGAAGUUUCUCACUUAGGAUGCCAGGAAUCACAUUUAUACAUUUCAGUCAUUGAAUCUAGACGCUGGAGGGUUUUCUGCCUUUCCUAGCCUAGCCCUCUUCCUCAGACAUCCAGCAGGUGUCACUCUUGCACACAUUUUGCUGCUGGUCCUGUUUUUCCCAUUGACUUGCCAUUUUUAAAUUGUAGUUUCAGAGUAAGUGUAACCCCCAGGCAGUUAUCUUGAAAUUCAUACCUUGGAUGGGCCAUAGCCUUAUCCACAUUCAUUUUUUAAAAGGUUUUAUUUACUUAUUUUUAGGGAGGGAGAAAGAGAGGGUGGAAAACGUCCAUGUGCUAGAGCAACAUUGGUGGGUUGCCUCUCCCACAAGCCCCUGACUUGGGAUCUGGCCGACAACCCAGGCGCAUGCCCUGGCUGGGAAUCCAAAUGGCGACCUUUUGGUUUACAGGACGACACCCAACCCACUGGGCCACACCAGUCAGGGCCACAUUAAUUUUUCUUCCUGGUCGUCUGAAUAAGCCAUUUCAGCAAUGGUAUAUAAACUUGGUCCAACUUUUAGGAUCUGUAAAUAUUUUUAUAUACUCAGGUAAGCAGUCACUUAGAAUUCUAUUAUUGAUGUUAGAGGGUCUGAGGGGUACAGUUUAUGGGAGAGAGAGUUGGGUAUGAUCAUUUCCUACUGCAGAAAAGAGUUAUAUUUCAGAUAAAAUGUCUCUCUUUGAAAGAAAAUCAUCUAACACUAAAAACACAGCCAUAUUGGAAGUAUAAACCAAGGACUCUAUAGGGAGAGGCCUGGAGAAAAGUUAACUUUGUGUCCAAAGUUUUGUCCUAAAGAGAACAGGAAAUUCCCUGGGUGGUUUUACACCAUUCAGGUCAAAAUGUGUUUUGUUUUUGUUUUGUUUUGGGGUGGUGGUGGUUGUUUGUGAUCCUGAAUUGACUUCCUGGUCAGGCAUCUGUGCAGCCCAUACACAUUUGAUGGAAAAGUUGUCAGCCUAACAUUUCUUUUGCUCUGAGAAGACUUGGCUGGUGAGAAGUCAGGGCAUUGUUGGCAUAAUGUGCUGAUAGCCAUGGUAGAAUAUCAUGACACUGACCCCAGCAAAGCCCAGCAUUCCCUUUUUUCCAUUUAAAAUGAAGUAAGAACAGUUACACAAUAAAAAUGUUUUAUGCCAGCAGGUGCUCUGUACAAAAGUAUGUCUAUGUGCCGCCUCCAGAAUCCUACCGGGCCUGCAGAGUGGGUGCUUUCGUAGCUGUUGGCUAGGAGGAGUUACCUCAGGUUUGGACCUUGGCUGGCCAUGGCCAGCCUGGGAAGGCAGCAGGGACAGAUGUGCCAUAGUUCUGUAGCUGAACUUCGGUUGCUGGCCUCCAGGAGCAGUGGCUAGGGAAAUGGCUCCCUCACACUUUUCCUGAUUCCUGAAGAAGUUGUGGAAUACCUCCUUUCAGGGCCACCCUCAAAUUGUUGGGAGUUAUUUCAACAAAGAACAAAACAGUCAGGAUUCUGGGAGUGUCCGCCACCAAAGUCCAGCCCUGUCUAGGACCCAGAGUAGGUUGGGUCAGUCCUAAGAGGUCACUUCCCUAGAGUCCAAGAUUUGGUGGCCCCUAGCUCUGCAUUCAUGAUUCUGUGGACCUAUACCCAUCUGGCCACAGUCCAGAAGGCUGGCUUCCUCAGUUUUUUAUGCUUUGUAAAUUUAUUUUAAUAAAUAAGAUGGAUCACACUU